AAAGGUUAUUGACCUGUAGGUCAUUGAACUUUAGCAUUUGAAUAGCAAACAGACAUGCUCUGAAACCCAAUACAGUAGCCACUCACACUGUAAAGGGGCAGCAGUUGGUAACAGCUUUGUAACUGAAAUCUUAUGAUAUACUAUCCUGAGCUAAGUUUCUGAUAUUUUGUGGUACAGUUAUGGCAUACAUUGGGAAGAGAGGUAUUGUGUUAAGUGUGCUUGCAGCAGUCCUUGUAUGGGCUUUUAGGACGUCCCCAGGCCUUAUACUUUCACCCCAGCUGAGAGAGUGGAAACAGUCGGGCAAGUUCUUUUCACACGGAGAGUUCAAGGUCUUCUACCAUGAUGAAACUGGAAAGGGGGAAGCUGGUGAGGUUGUUCUCUGUAUUCAUGGCUUUCCAUCAUCCAGCCAUGACUGGGUCAAGGUGUGGGAUGGACUGCAGGGAAGAUUUGGCCGUGUUAUCGCCUCAGAUUUACUGGGCUUUGGAUUCAGUGACAAACCCUUGGACCACAACUACAGCAUCUUUGAGCAGGCCUCCAUCAUAGAACAGCUGCUUGAGACAUUGGAAGUUAAGGAGGUGUACAUCUUGUCACAUGACUAUGGAGACACCGUAGCGCUGGAGCUGCUGAGGAGGUUUCUUGACCGCCAAAAGUCGUCCGAGAAAAGUGCUGCUCACCUGAGGAUAAGGAGCGUUUGUCUGAUGAAUGGAGGUUUUCUUCCUGAGACCAUCACCUUUCAGUGGGUUCAAUAUCUCCUGACUACUUCCCUAGGACCUUAUUUGUCAAGAUUGAGCAACUUUCUCCCAUUCACAUUCAAACAAGGACUCUUCUGGUCUGUCCUUAAGCGAGCAACCGGGAAGGGGAAGACGGGGAUCCCAUCCCUCUCCGUCAACGGCAAAGCAGUCGGAAAGGAUAAAGACAAAGCCGAAGUAUUUAACAACACUUUCGUUAAUGUAACCAAAGCCACACAUCCAGAUCGCAUCCGAAGGCUUCCCAAGUUCACCGACAAAGAACUUAGUGCAAUACAGGUAUCAGAGGAGGAAGUCCUGGACGUCCUCAAAGAGCUGCAUUCCAACAAGGCCCCAGGUCCAGAUGCUGCAGUGUUCCUAGACGUGCGCCGUGCUUUUGAUACUGUCUGGCACGACGGACUCGUUUAUAAACUGUCACGUUAUGGAGUGGUAGGCACCCUCAACAUGUGGUUCGGAGACUACCUGUCUGGCCGCCAGCAACGAACCCUUCGCUGGACCGAGCACGCUCAACUCACGUCCAACAAGGCCAGGAGAACACUGGGGCUCCUGUGGAAGCUCCGUGGCAAGCUGUCGCAGGAAGCCCUGGAACUAGCUUACUUCACGCUUAUUCGACCUAAGCUGGAAUACGCUUCUGUUCUUCUUACCAACCUUACUGUUGCCGCUUCUAAGACCCUGGAACGAGUGCAGUACCACGCAGGACGUCUUGUCACUGGUGCUGCACCUCGCACACCCUACUCAGAGGUUCUGCAAAAGCUCGGCAUCAGCAAAGUUUACGGUCCCGACACCAAACCCUCCCCCGCUGAGUAUGAUGACCACCAGACACUCCUGAGAUGGAACGAUGGGCAUCUGGCAAUGGGCAGUAUAAGCCAGUACCAGAAUGAGAGAGUUGCACACAGAGAGAGGUGGGUGGAGGCAGUGCAACAGUCUACAAUACCAGUGCACCUGAUCUAUGGUCCAGCCGACCCAGUCAACACACCUGUCCUUCUAGAUAGGUACAGGGAGCUGUUUCCCCGAGCAACAGACACUGUUCUCAACAGCAAGAUUGGCCACUAUCCGCAUGUUGAAGAUCCCCAGUCUGUUCUUACAGCUUUCUUCAACUUUCUUGAGAAGGUCGCUAGCUUCAAGCAGUCUUCAAGUCCAGGAAAGAUGUAGCUGUAACACUCACCACUAGUAUCAUUAUCUCAAAAACUUUGUCAAAUUUGUACCUCAACCACAGUAGAAGAUGAAGUGGAGGAUUGUACUAUCAUGCCACUAAUAAUAGAAACGUCCUAUUUAAUUAAUGUAUAGAAAGUAGAUUUCCUCAGUUUUUGCACUGAAAAUUUAUAUUCCUCACACACUUUGACAAACCGACUUAAAUGCUGGACCCAGACAAUCCUACAUUUUCACCCAUAACGAGAGCAAUAAGAAGCUGAAUUUCUACACGAGAUUAGAUCUAUGAAACUUUUACGAGUAUGUUUUGUCCUUGUUGUGACCUUACUUAGCCUGGUUGGGCAAAUACAUAUUUUAUAUGUACAAUAAA